GCAGGAUUCUUUCACACCAGCGAGGUGUUAUUGUGCAGGAGGACAAGCGCGUGUGUGAAGUUAUGUGACUCCAGAACAAAAGGAAGACCCGGGAAGGAAGACGACAAGAAUAGAAGAGAAUAGAAGAAAAGAAGAGGAGAGGGGUCUUACUCCCCCCCCCCCACUGCCCCCCCCCGAUGCGAGACACCCUACUGCGCUUGGACAGCUAAUGAGAAAAGUUUUUAUUUGCAUCCCAGCUCCUUCAUUUGGACAUUUUGGAUAUUUUUCCUCAUUUUUUUCAACAUUUUCCAAAACUGAAUUGAUCCUAAAUGAGGGACUUGAGGGACACCAGAGUCUGAAUAUAAAGAAAAAUCCUACAUUCAGAGACAUCUGCCACUAUUGGUCAUACUUUCUCUGUCACCAGGAGAAACAGAGCCAGAGGGUGAUAGAGUGGCCAGGACAUUAGAUAGGGAGAAAGGGGGAGAGAGAGGGGCAGGCUCCCUCGGACUGCCAAGAUGCUGCGGUACCUGAUCAAAACGCUGCUGCAGAUGAAUCUGUUCACCGAUACGCUGCGCGAUUCGAACGGCACCGACCUGCUCUACAACGUCUCCAGCCCCUCUUACAACGGCUCGCUGCUUGACUGGGCCAACUUUACUGGCUUCAAUGGAUCUCGACCCAGAUUGGAGGACGCCCCACCGCGGAUUGUGGAGCAUCCCUCGGACCUGAUAGUUUCAAAAGGGGAGCCGGCUACUCUGAACUGCAAAGCCGAGGGCCGGCCGACCCCCAUGGUGGAGUGGUACAAAGAUGGCGAGCGCGUGGAGACGGACAGGGAGGACCCUCGCUCCCACCGCAUGCUGCUGCCCACAGGCUCCCUCUUCUUCCUCAGGAUCGUGCACGGACGCCGAAGCAAGCCGGAUGAAGGGGUCUAUGUUUGUGUGGCCAGGAACUACCUGGGAGAAGCUGUCAGCCGCAAUGCGUCUUUGGAGGUUGCAAUUUUGCGAGAUGAUUUUCGGCAGACCCCAAGCGACGUGGUGGUGGCUGCAGGUGAGCCGGCUGUGAUGGAGUGUAUCCCCCCGCGUGGCCACCCCGAGCCCACUAUCUCCUGGAAAAGAAACAAUGUAAAAGUGAACGACAAAGACGAGAGGAUCACUAUCCGUGGCGGGAAGCUGAUGAUUUCAAACACAAGGAAGAGCGAUGCAGGAAUGUAUGUGUGUGUGGGAACCAACAUGGUGGGAGAAAAGGACAGUGAUCCAGCUGAGCUGGUGGUGUUUGAGCGGCCCAUGUUCGUCCGAAGGCCGGUCAAUCAGGUGGUUCUAGCUGAUGAUACAGUGGAUUUUCAGUGUGAAGUUCAGGGAGACCCCGCCCCCACUAUCCGCUGGAAGAAGGAAGAGGGAGAACUUCCUCGUGGCAGGUCAGAAAUACGGAGUGAUAACAGUCUGCGGUUGACGCAGGUGAAAGAAGAAGAUGAAGGCUCCUACACCUGUGUGUCUGAGAACAGCGUUGGCAAGGCUGAGGCCUCUGGAACACUGCAGGUCCAUGUUCCUCCUCAGAUUGUGGUUCGUCCACGUGACCAGAUCUCAGCACCAGGACGCACCGUCACCUUCCUGUGUGGCACUAAAGGGAAUCCCCCACCUGCUGUGUUCUGGCAAAAAGAAGGGAGUCAGAUCCUGCUGUUCCCAAGCCAGCCUCCAGCACAGUCGGGCCGCUUUUCAGUGUCUUUGAGCGGGGAGCUGACCAUCAGUGAUGUGCACAGUGAGGAUUCCGGGUAUUAUAUCUGCCAGGCCAUCAGCGUCGCGGGGAGCAUUCUCACCAAAGCCCUGCUGGAAGUGGAGGAUGCUCCAUCUGAUCGGAUCCCACCCAUCAUCCGCCAAGGCCCGGCCAAUCAGACGCUUGUUCCUGGAACCACUGCCCAGCUGCAGUGCUAUGUGAUGGGCAACCCGUUACCCAGCAUCCAGUGGGAGAGAGACGGACAAAGGAUUCUAGGGAAUGACGAGCGUGUCACACUAAUGGACAAUGGCACUUUACAAAUAACAGCCCUCCAGGAAACGGACUCGGGGGUCUACACCUGUGUCGCCUCAAGCUCCAGCGGGGAGACAAGUUGGAGUGGAGUACUUACUGUGAAAGACAGUGGGGGCAUGACUUUAGCUCCUGCCUCAGAGCCCUACCAGCUGCCCGGUCCUCCCCAGAAGCCCGUUGUGACAGACGUGACCAAGAACAGUGUGACCUUAACCUGGCAACCCAAUGCACAUGAGGGCGGGGCCGCGGUCACAUCUUACAUCAUCGAGGCCUUCAGCCAGUCAGCAGGUAGUACCUGGCAGACAGUCGCAGAUCUGGUGAGGCUGGAGAAGCAUACAGUUAAUGGUCUCUCUCCCAACACCAUCUACCUGUUCAUCGUGCGAGCGGUCAACGCCUAUGGCCUGAGUGAUCCCAGCCCAAUCUCUGAGCCAGUUCGCACACAAGACGUGAGUCCAACUGGACAAGGAGUGGACCACAGGCAGGUGCAGCGGGAGUUGGGGGAGGUGGCUGUGGAACUGCAGCAGCCGGUACUGUUGACUGCAUCCAGUGUACAGCUUGCUUGGACUGUUGACCGUCAGUCCCAAUACAUUCAAGGCUAUCGGCUGCUCUACCGGCCGGUGGGGGGCUCCUGGCUCCAGCAAGAUGUUAAGGCAGCCCCCGAGCGCAGCGCUGUCCUCAGCAACCUGCUGAAAGGCACUGAGUACGAGGUCAAAAUCAGACCAUAUUUUAAUGAAUUCCAGGGCAUGGACAGCCGACUGCUGACACUGCGCACUCCUGAAGAAGUUCCCAGCGCUCCCCCUCAGGCUGUUACUGUGUCAACAGUCAAGCUCAGCAACAGCUCCAGCAUCAGUGUUACAUGGCAGCCUCCCCCCGCUGAGAUGCAGAAUGGAGUCAUCCAAGAGUACAGGAUCUGGUGCCUGGGAAAUGACUCGCAGACACGCUACCACAUUAACCAGACUGUAGAUGGGAAUGUUCUGUCCACUUUGGUGAAGGGUCUGCUUCCUGGUGUGCUGUACCUGGUGGAGGUUGCAGCAGUGACCAGCGCUGGCGUGGGCACACACAGCCAGCCAGUCUCUGUAACAAUCAAAUUGCCUGCAGAGCAGCCUGCAGUACCAAGUGGAGGCGGCGACUCGGAUCAAAACGUAAGUCUUGCAGAGCAGAUCACAGACGUGGUAAAGCAACCCGCCUUCAUCGCGGGCAUUGGCGGGGCAUGCUGGGUAAUCCUCAUGGGCUUCAGUGUGUGGAUAUACUGCCGACGCAAGAAGAGAAAGGAGCUGAGCCAUUACACUGCUUCGUUCGCAUACACACCCGCAGUUGGCUUUCCUCAUGGGGAGGCCUCAGGACUCAAUGGAAGGCCUGGAGUGCUCGGCUCUAACAUGGGGAACUACCCUUGGCUGGCUGAUUCCUGGCCCACCACAAACCUUGUUCAUAAUGGCAAAGACUCAGUCAACUGCUGUACCACCAAACAUGACACAACAGAGAGAUAUUACAAUGAGGUUGGAAUCUCCAACUAUCUGAACCAGACUGAGAAGUAUAGCACUGGUUCCAAUGAGGGUCCUAUCUACAGUACCAUCGACCCCACUGCCGAAGACCUGCGCAGCUUCUCAGCCCAGUAUUCUCAGCACACUACGCCUUACGCCAGCACUCCCAUCAUGCCUUUCACCAACCAGGCACCCUGCAGCCCUGAGCAGGAUGGAGGCCACUGGAUUAACCAACCAGGAACCUCUAAUGUGCAGUAUGCCCAGCCAGACCGGUCCAAAUCAGAUAAUGCCAAGCAGUCUAAGCAGAAGUCAAUGGGAAAAGCAGUGAAGACUCCUUCUCUAAACUGGAUAGAGCCAUUGCCCCCGCCUCCCCCCUCUGGAGAGUUAGACCACUGCGAAGAUGAAGAUGAGGAUGAACAUAUAGAGGAUAUAGGCACUGAUGAAGAGGACUGGUGCCCUCCACUCCCAGAGCGGACCUAUCUUAUAGAUGGAGUGGCAGAGGAUGGACCUUGUCCUCCUCCUAGAGGAGAUGCGUCUUCCCCAGCCACCUCCUACAGCCAUCAAUCCACAGCCACUCUCACACCUUCACCCAGAGAGGAGGCACGCCACUGCCAGGACAUCCCACGUCUGCACCACCCCGAGCAGUCCCAGUCUGGACGCCGGUUGCCUUGUGGACCAGUGCCUAUUCCCCGAGCACCCAGCCCACCCCUUACACAGUCCAACCCAAACCUGACAGCCAAUCAGGAGGGCCCAGAGAGCGGGACACCACAGCGGUCGACACACAGACGGGAAUGGAGCCAAGGAGCGGCGCAGAGUACUGACAAUGUCAAUACGCCAGGACGAGCGAGAACGUCUGCAGGUGAGCAAGCCCAAACCCCACCUGGCCAGAAGGCAAGGGUGAAAAAGAAGACCUCUAAGAGUGGCCAGUAUCGCCGAGACAUCAUGCAAGGAGACUUACCCCCUCCUCCAGAACCCCCUCCUGAGGACGAGCUGCUCUCAGCUGGAGGCUUUGAGUGCGGACAGACGUCGCUGGAGAGAGAUGGGGGCUCACUGUCCUCCAUGGAGAGGAGAGAUCACAACACACCCAACCGCAAGAACUCAGCUCAGAGACGGAAAGAUGAUGAAGACUUGAUUCCUUACAACAAGCCCAACUUCCUGUCCCGCGGCCAGAUGUCCAGCAACUGCUCGACGACAGGAAGCUCCUCAUCGCGAGGCUCGACAGGAUCUAGAGGUCAAGGAAACAGCCGUAAAAGAAAUGAGGAGAUGAGAUAAGGGAAUGCUGCCAAUGGAUGAGGACGAGACCUUCAUUCAACAUCCCACUGUUUAGUUUUUUUAGGGUUUUUUUUUUUCCUAUUUUUCCUUCUCUGAAAGAACUCAUCAGCGGAGAGAGAAGGAGGAGUGUACAGAUAUGACGUCUGCCUCACCACAAUGCGAAUCAUGGACUUUCUCAUUAUUACGUUGUUAUUAUUAUUAUUAUAAUUAUUGUUAUUUAUGACUUUCAUGGGGCCAUUUUAAAUCCCAUCGUCACUGUAAAUAAUCUUCUCUUUGAGCUUUUUACAUGGGGUGCAGAUCCAGGGAAAGAAGAAAUAUAUUGUAUUUAUAAGAAAAGAAGUAAAAGAAAAACACAUUAAAAGGUCCGCUAUAAUUAAAAAACACAAAAGUUAUUGUCUGAAUGUGCCAACCUCUUUUUGUAGAAAUGUAUACAGUACAGCUUUUGAACUCAAAGUGAAAUGAAUAUUGCACUCUCGCGUUGGAGAACAACAAGAAGAUACAAAGCACAAUGUGUGUUCGCUCGACCCGCCGGGCCAAGCAGUCUGGACCUGGACCUUAUUGAGCCAAGGACUCUGCUAUCUUUGAUUUUUUUUUUUCCUCCCCUCAGUCAGAAGGUCCCUGUUGUUGUUGUGGUCAGAAAAGAAUGUGGAGCGAGUUUCUCCUUUCACGCCUGUUCUGUGAAAGGUUGUACUGUUGUUUUGCUUUUUUUAUUUGAAGGAGUGCUUCGGAGACAGUGUGAAAAUGUGUUUCGUUAAAAAAAGAAAAAAUACACCAAAACCAUCUGUACCGCCGACUAACUUUUUGGUAGUCCUUGUUGUUUUGUAAAAAUGAAAUAAAACCACAUUUGGUAAAGCCUA